ACAAUAUUUAUGUCACAUUUGCAAUAAAGAAGUGGAAUGAUUCAAAUGGCUGUAAAUUAAUUAAGGUAGUCUUAACUGGAUAAGGAGAAAACCAGUUUAAAAGGAAUGCAGACGUAAUUUCAAAAUUACGUCGAUGAACGAACUUCGCAUCAAAUGUUGCGAUGGGUAUUAGCAAUAGUCGAUCAAAUGUUCCUCAAGAGUUAAAAGACUCACCGAAUUUUUUGUUUCUGUCAAAGCUUUUUCAGGAUAGGUCCACAAUUUGCGAUGGCAAACGUAUUAUGAACGAGUCUGGAUUUAAUGAGUUGUUUUCCAAUGAAAAGAAGAAAAUCAUUGAACUUCUGUUCAAUCAUACAAUGCUCAUGGCAGAAGCAGACAAUAAAACCUCAAAAACAUUGGAAAUCGCUUCUUUUAUCUCAGCAUUUGAUAAAAUAAUGAAAUUAGAUAGUGGCGCAAAAGAGAUGGUCCCAUAUUAUUUAAAUGUUUUUAAUAAUGGGAAACAACAAAUAAGUGCCCAAGAUGUCGAACGCACCUUGACUGUUGUUUAUGCAGCAGAGUUAAAUACAGCAUAUGAACAAUCAUCUUAUUUUCAAGAAGUGGCCAGGGGUUUGGUUAACAAAGACAAAGAAACGUCUGCCAACAAAAUAAUCGAAUUAUGGCCAAGGCUGUUUAAUCGUAUUCAUUCUAGGAUAGUGGCAUCCUUACGUGAACAUGACAAGUUAUAUGAAACAGAUCAACGUAAAAAACAAGACUGCUGGUCAAUACAAACAACUAACGCAGAGCCUAUCAUUACACCGGAAAUAUUGUGGCUGCUUUCCGUCUCAAUUCCAACAGUUUUUUUUGGAAACAAACGAAAAACUGUCAAACAAGAUCAAGAUUCAAUAUGUGAAUGGAGAGAUCUUUAUAACAGUAACGAACAUGGUCUUAGUCACAAUAGAUUCAAACAUCAUGUAUUCUCAUACCGUGGCCCAACUGUUAUGUUAAUAGUUUUAGAGAACGACAAGAGAUUAGUGCUGGCUCUUGACGUGGAGUGGAGAGAGUCAACGAAAUGUUUCGGAGGAGCCAAUACUCGCCUUUAUGAAAUUAAUCCGGGAUUUAAUAUUUUGGAUGAAGAAAGUAUUGUUUUCUUCAACGAGAAGACGCGUGGCAUUCCUGUUGGACUUGUCUUGGGACGUAAUCCCAGCAAACCUGUCGUAUCGUUGUUGGAUGGUUUAAAUUCGGCAAAAUUUGGUUUGGAAGAAAUUCCAGUGGAUAGAAUAAAGGUAUGGGGUUGUGCAGGCGAAAACGCCGAAACUCACCAAAAAGAACAAAAAAAGUGGGAGAAACGACAGGCAGAAAAAUUACAAAAGGUAUUCGAUGGAUUUAUUAUUUGGACACCUUGUAAUUAUACAUGUACGUUGUGUAUAUUAAGAACCUUUCUGUUCGUACGUAUAUGCAGGUCAAAUUGCCGGGAACCUGGGACGAAAAUCCAGAUAAAGCAAUCUUGGAAAUGGCAGGAAUCACGACGGAGCAUGCUCACUAAAGUUGAUCUUACCGUGGUCAUUAAAUGGCUAUUAUACAUUGUGCAAGUGUUGUAGCAAUAAUCUAAAAAUAUUAUCUUACUCUCCUUA